AUGUUUGCAGUGUGUAAAUUGAGCAGAUUCAUGGACAAGCCUACAAGGCAACACCUGCUGGCAGCAAAGAAGAUACUUAGGUAUCUAAAAGGGACACAGAAGUAUGGAAUUCUGUACAAAAGGCAGGAAGAAGGAGACUGUCUAUUUGGUUACACUGACAGUGACUAUGCUGGUGAUUUGGAUGAUAGAAAAAGUACCAGUGGGUACACUUUCUUUCUGGCAGGAGGAGCAAUCUCAUGGAGCUCGAAGAAGCAGCCAGUUGUCACUCUCUCAACAACUGAAGCUGAAUUUGUGGCUGCAUCCUUCUGUGCAGCUCAGUGUGUGUGGCUUAAAAGGAUUGUGGCUCAAAUGGGGUGGCUGGAUUGUGUGAAAGGAACAACCAGGAUUAUGUGUGAUAACAGUUCAGCCAUUAAGCUUUCAAAAAAUCCUGUCAUGCAUGGUCGAAGCAAACAUAUAGAUGUUCGCUUCCAUUUCUUAAGGGAGCUGGCCAGGAAUGGAACGAUUGAGUUGGAGCAUUGUGGGACUGAGGAGCAAGUAGCAUACAUAAUGACCAAGCCUUUGAAACUUGAAGCAUUUCAAUUAUUGCGCAGCAGGUUGGGAAUGGUUAAUGGAGCUGAACUGGGAUUUGAAGGUUGA